AUGGAUAUACAUGAUGAUAACAAGGAAGUUCGAGAUAAUUUUCAACAGCAAUUAAUUCUUAAAAAACUCGAACUCCAAUUCGAAGUAGAAAAAAUUAAAAUAAUUGAACAAACAAAACGUGAAAUUGAAAAACAAAAAAUUACUGAACAAAUAAAACGUGAAAUUGAAAAACACAAAAUAAUUGAAAAAACAAAAUUUGAAAUCGAAAAACAAAAGUUAAUCCAAGAAGUAGAACUUCGAAAAAUAAAUGCACAACUAGAGAUAGAACGAUACAAAUUAGAACUAGAAUUUGGUUCAUCAUCAAUUAGAACAUCUGAUAUUUUACUAUGGUUUCAUGAUGAUUUCUACAAGUACUAUGUUAGUGGUCAUCUAUAUUCUUUUAUUGCUAAUGAUUUAUUUAAAAAUCAUAAUGAUUUAAAUGAUAAUAUAUUAAAACAUAUUCAAUGUUAUUUAGAUGAAUUUUCAUCAAAUUUUCAAUUAAAGGAAAAAUUUAUUCAACAAGCAUUUGAUAAAAUGAUGAUUAAAUUAUUAAAAGAAAUUAAUUGUAAUACAAUAUUGAAAUAUUUAAAUACAUCUUCUCAAGGUUAUUUACAAAAGCAAUUUCGUCCUGCAUGUACAUUUAUAUAUAAAAAUGUAAAUCUCAACAUCAAAGAACAACAACAUCUUUUAUCAGAUUUCGUUAUUUUUCUUGGUGAUUUGAAAACACC